ACAGUUUCCGCCCCAGUGGGUGAUCAUUUGGUGAUGUGAAAAAUAAGCGCGAAUAUCUGACUUCCAGCAGUCAAGCAUGAGUUCCAGACAUGUACGUUGUGAACUUAGUGCUUGUUCUGCUGUCGCUGGAAAUUCUAAGCACAAGUGAUGCCGCGAUGACGAUGAAACAGCUCAAAAAUUCACUGGAAAUGAUGAGGAAAGCAUGCGCGCCGAAAUUCAACGUUGUCGAAGCUUCGUUAGAUGAACUGAAGGCAGGACGUUUUGCGAAUGAAGCGGAUAAAGAGCUGAAAUGUUACACCAUGUGUAUUGCACAAAUGGCAGGGACGCUAACAAAGAAAGGGGAACUAAGCCUUUCCAAGACGACUGCACAAAUCGAAGCUAUGCUGCCACAAGAAAUCAAAGCCGCGGCUAAGGAAGCUCUGAAUGCAUGUAAGGACAUACAAUCUGGAUUCAAAGAUCCAUGUGAAAAAGUGUAUUUUUCGGCAAAGUGUGCAGCCGAAUAUAACCCAGAUGUAUUCUUUUUCCCUUGAUGCGAACGAGGUUUGACGACAACUGGCGAGGAUUAUGGAAAUAUGAGCUUGGAAUAUAUACGUGUACUGUAGUGAUACACAGA